AUGGCUUAUGGUGGCUUGAUUCCUCAUCAUGAUAACAACUAUCCAGUGGAUCAAUCAUCAGGCAAGAACGAUGAUACUUCCAUCACACCUUAUGAAGGAUACAAUUGGGAAGAUACAAGAUAUAUACAUGAUCAAGGGCAAUCUAACGAUCAGGAUGAUACCGGCACUUCCAUCGGCGACCCACAUAGACAAGAUGAUAAAGGCAAUUUAUGGCCAUGGAAUGGUGUAGACAAAUCUCAUAUUUUACAACUUCAUAACACUCGACGAGCGAAACAUCGGGUGUCUGAUUUGACUUGGAAUCAAGAUGCUGCCAAUUUUGCCGACUCUUGGGUUAAACGAUGUUCUUUUCAACAUAGUCAAAACCACAAGUACGGAGAAAACAUUGCAUGGGGUUAUUUCACCUGGGAUCAAGUGAUGAAAGCAUGGGCCGAUGAUGAAGAACCAAAAUAUAAUUUCCAACAUGGUGACUUUAGCGAAGCAACUGGUCAUUUCACUCAAGUAGUAUGGAAAUCUACCACUUCGGUAGGUUGUGCUGUAAAUCAUUGUCUCGGUAUUCCAUUUUACAGUUGUAAUUACGUACCACCUGGCAAUGUUGUCGGUCAAUUCCAACAAAAUGUCUUUCCUCCUAAAUAG